UUGCUUGGCAGUUGACAUGCAGCCUGAUGAAGCUCUCUCCACACAGCAAUGUAGCCCCUCCAUGACCCCAACCCGGAAACCUUCCCGGUCAGCGGUUUUUGGCAGCAUCAGGCAACAAUUCUUACAGUCGCCUCAGCAUCACUCCUUUGAGGCGCGUUAUCAGUGUCCGGGCUUUUCGGCAACUUGACUGCUCUCUCUCCAACUCAGUCACCACUCGCAUCGAUAUCCGAGUCGUCCCGAACGUCAACACCAACGACCGACGAGAUGGACCCGGCCAAGCAGCCCCCGCCAACUCCGGCGGUCGAUGCGCCGGACCAAGAGACGAUGGAACGGAUCCGCCAGCGGAGACUGGCCAAGCUAGGAGGACCGCAAGCUUCAUCCGGGACCGCGGGAGCGAGCUCGCCCAGCACCCGCACCGAAACACCUCCCGCCCCCGGGCCCAGUUCCUCGACGGCCGCCGAGCCCAAGACUGCGACGAGCGAGGCCGAGCACCCGCCGUCGCAUGAACCAGCCGCCCCGAAGAUCAAGAUCUCGCCGACACCGUCAGCAACCCCGCAGAGCACCGGCAGCGCCAGCAGCAGCAGCAGCAGCAGACCAGGUAUUGCCGCCAGCCAAGAAUCCCGAGCGAAGAGGCGGGCAUCAGAUAUUGACGGGCCUUCAGCGACCGCGCCGCCAAGGAAGCAGGCCUCGGGAGCGUCGGAGACGAUCGAGGACUACGCCGACCGGGUGCUGUCGAGCAUCUUCCGCGUCACCGUCGACCCGAGCCGCACAGCCGACAGCUAUGGCCACAAACUUACCUACCUGCCGAACCUGGGUCGGGACCUGGCCGACGAAGGUUCGCCGCUCAAACUAUCUGUCGGCCGGCUGGAGGAGGCGAUCAUGGAGGCUGCCACGGCGUUUCCCCACGAGCGGCCGCUGCUGGACUACCUGCUGCCCUGCUGGAAGCGCGUGACGAGGACGCUCAAGAUGCUUCGUGGACCCGCACCGGAGAAGGAGGCGCUGCUCAAGGAGGCGAGACGGUUGUGCUUCAGCAAUUGCAUCUUCGCCUUGACGGUGCCAGAGCUCUUUAGUCGAGAUGCGAACCCACAGCAUGAUACCUUGGUGCCAUAUCUGUUGCGCGAGUUCGAGAGCGAGGGCGGGUUGUGCAUGGAGUUCUUCGUGGAGGCCGUUGCCCGCUUAGACGACGACGACAGUAUUGCCCCGCUGUUUACGAAGGCGAUGGCGGACAUCAGCAGCAAGCUGGCUACACUGAGCAUGAACGACGAUUACAAGCCCUAUGUCAACGCACUCUUGACAUACGCGCGGUUUCCGCCGCUCUUGAAUGCCGUGGCGCAGCACCCGUGUUUCCAGAUGGCGCAGUCGGCUCCUGGGAUUGAGAAGAAUACCAUCCUCGGUCCCUUCUUCAGGAUAUCUCCGCUUCAGCCAGAGGUGACCACGGUGUAUUUCUCGGGGCCGAGGACGAUGGAUAAGGCGCGCAUCCAGACAUCGCAGAGCGCGCUGCAGUUAACCCUCGAGGCGCAUCAGAAUGAUCUUCGGACGAUCAUCAACGCCUUCAUCCGCGCGAGCCCUCAGGCCCGAAACAAGGUGCUGGACUGGUUCGCCUACAUUAUGAACGUCAACCACAAGAGACGAGCCAUGCAGGUGGAUCCCCGGGAAGUCUCGUCGGACGGUUUCAUGAUGAACGUGACUGUCAUCCUGGACUGUUUGUGCGAGCCUUUCAUGGACAGCACAUUUUCGAAAGUGGGCCGCAUCGAUGUCAACUACUUCAGGAGAAAUCCAAGAGUCGACAUCAAGGAUGAGACGAAGCUGAACGCGGACCAAGCGCAGUCGGAUGCCUUCUACAGCGAGAAGGUCGACGGCGAGUCGAACUUCAUCACCGAGAUUUUCUUCUUGACCUUGGCUGCCCAUCACUACGGUAGCGAGGCGGCAAACUCGAAGAUGAAGAACCUCGACAGGGACAUCAAGUACUACGAGAAGAACAUUGCCAUGCUGGAGGCGGAACGGCCCAAGCUGCUGGACCGGCCGGAGCAACUCCGCUUGCUGGAUUUGGCGAUUAAGCGGCACACCAGCGUCCUGGAGCGGUCCCUUGCUCUGAAGUUUUCCAUUGAAGGGGUCCUGCUGGAACAGAAGAUGCAGAGCCGGUCGCUCCAAUUCAUGAGGUACGUCACGGUCUGGUUGCUGAGGCUUGCCAGCCAGACCGAGUACACACCGGACAAGGAGCUGCGGCUCCCGCUGCCGGCAGGCCAACCUGACGCGUUCAAAUGCCUCCCCGAGUAUGCGCUGCAGGAUGUUGUCGACAACUUCAAGUUCGUCUUCCGGUACAUACCGCAGAUCAUCCUCUCGGCAGUCGGCGACGAGAUGAUCGCGCUCUGCCUCACCUUCCUCGAGUCGUCGGAAUACAUCCGGAACCCGUAUCUGAAGUCGUCGCUCGUCACACUGCUCUUCCAGGGGACAUGGCCUACGUACCAGUCGAAGAAGGGUGUCCUGGGCGAUGCGAUGACCAACACCAAGUUCGCGAACGAGUACCUGCUGCACGCUGUCAUGAAAUUCUACAUAGAGUGCGAGUCGACCGGCGCCCACACCCAGUUCUACGACAAGUUUAACAUACGGUACGAGAUCUUUCAGGUGAUCAAGUGCGUCUGGUCGAACGACGUGUACCGGCAGCAGCUCGUUCAGUCCAGCAGAACCAACCGGGCCUUCUUCGUCCGCUUCGUCAACCUGCUGAUGAACGACGCCACAUAUGUGCUUGACGAGGGUCUGAGCAAGUUCCCCAAGAUCCACGACCUGCAGGAGCAGCUGCGAGACCCCAACCUGUCGCAGCAAGACCGCGAGAAGACGGAAGAGGACCUCCGCACCGCCGAGGGCCAAGCCACGUCGUACAUGCAGCUCGCCAACGAGACGGUCAGCAUGAUGAAGCUGUUCACGACGACGCUCAGCGAGGCCUUCACCAUGCCCGAGAUCGUGCAGCGGCUGGCCGGCAUGCUCGAUUACAACCUCGACAUCCUGACGGGGCCCAAAUCCAAGACGCUCAAGGUCGAGAACCCGGAGAAGUACUACUUCAACCCCAAGACGCUGCUACCGGAGCUGGUGGACAUCUACAUCAACCUUGGGGGCUCGCAGGCCUUCGUCGACGCCGUCGCCGCCGACGGCCGCUCGUACAAGCCGUCGACCAUGGCCGCGACGGCGCACAUCCUGCGCAGCAAGCACCUCAAGGACGAGCGCGAGGUGCGCGCGUGGGAGGCGCUCGCCGCGCGCUUCGAGGCCGCCAAGGCCGCGCUCGACCGCGCCGAGCUCGACUACGACGACGCCCCGCCCGAGUUCGAGGACCCCAUCAUGGGCAGCCUCAUGUCCGACCCGGUCAUCCUGCCGUCCCGGCACAUCGUCGAUCGCUCGACCAUCGCCCAGCACCUCCUGAGCGACCCCAAGGAUCCCUUCACGCGCCAGCCGAUGAGCAUCGAUGACGUUGUGCCGGACGUGGAGCUACGGGAGAGGAUUGAAAAGUGGAAGGAGGAGAAGAGGGCCAAGGCUAGGGCUGCGAGUGCGGGUGCGGGUGCGGACGGAGGGGAGGCGAUGGAUACUACCGAGUGAAGGGGAUGAUGGAGCCUCGGUGGUGGGAUGGCGGGGUAGUAACGCUGGAUGGGAUAGGGAAUGCUGUGGCGAUGGAGCUUCCCUUUAUUCAUGAUGAGAUGGGAUCCCAACGUCGAGUGUCUUUUUUACCCUUCUUUGACUCGCUUGGGACUGGGAGUU